UACACACUGCCUGUCAUCACAUGAGGUUGAACCAGCAUUCCUCACACAGGCUGCUUGCACAAUUUGCAGCGACAAGCAGUGCAUUCAUAGUCUUUGGGUUGGAAAAUUCCAAGAACCAAGGGUAGCAUCUUUAUUACAUCUUUAAUAAUCUUUUUUUUUUCCCUAGGGCUGUUGACUUAAAUGAAGCAGGCAACAGUUAGUUAAUCACAGUUCCUGUCAGUGUGAUCUGUGUGGACCUUCAGUAGCAUUUAGUGAGCCUCCUGAGGUGAGUGAUCUUCCUCUCAUCUUCAUCAUCAACAACAUCAUGACCAUUAGCAUCGCUCUGAUCUGGGCAGUAGUGGUGGGAUUCCUCUGCCUUCUAUGGCUCGCUGUGGGGAUACGACGCAGGCAACCUGGUGAACCUGCAAUUGAGAAUGGCUUCAUCCCCUACCUGGGUUGUGCUCUGCAGUUCGGAGCCAACCCACUUCAGUUCCUCCGCAGCCGCCAGAAGAAGUACGGCCAUAUUUUCACCUGCAAGAUCGCAGGCCAGUACAUCCACUUCCUGUGUGACCCCUUCUCUUACCAUUCAGUCAUCCGACAGGGGAGACACCUGGAUUGGAGGAAGUUCCACUUUGCAACAUCUGUCAAGGCGUUCGGCCACGACAGCUUUGACCCUCGCCAUGGCCACACCACAGAGAACCUUCACCAAACCUUUCUGAAGACGCUGCAGGGUGAGGCUCUGCCCUCCCUGAUAGAGACCAUGAUGGGCCACCUCCAGGACGUCAUGCUGAGGUCGGGCAAACUCAGCCCCAGCAAGGACCACUGGGAGGUGGAUGGCAUCUUUGCUUUCUGCUACAAGGUGAUGUUUGAGUCCGGCUACCUGACUCUGUUUGGUAAAGAGCUCGGUGAAGACAAGUGUCAGGCCCAGCAGGCGGCUCAGAAAGCCUUGGUGCUCAACGCUUUGGAGAACUUCAAAGAGUUUGACAAGAUCUUCCCUGCGUUGGUGGCUGGCCUGCCCAUCCAUGUCUUCAAGAGUGCUCACAGUGCCAGAGAGAACCUAGCAAAGACCAUGCACGCUGAAAAGUUGUCCAAGAGAGAGAACAUGUCUGAUCUGAUCUCUAUGAGGAUGAUCCUGAAUGAUUCCUUAUCUACCUUCAAUGACGUGAGCAAGGCCAGGACCCACGUCGCUCUGCUCUGGGCUUCACAGGCUAACACCCUGCCUGCUACUUUCUGGAGUCUCUUUUAUAUGAUCAGGAGUCCCGAUGCUAUGAAAGGAGCCCGACAGGAAUUGCAGAAAAUUCUGGAGGAUUCAGGUCUGACGGUGGACCCUAGCGACCCCACACUGAACCUGACCAGGGAACAGCUGGACAACAUGCCUGUUCUGGACAGCAUCAUUAAAGAAGCCAUGCGUCUUUCCAGUGCUUCCAUGAACGUACGUGUUGCCAAGGAGGACUUCCUGCUUCACAUGGACAACAAUGAAGCUUACCGUAUUAGGAAGGAUGAUGUCAUUGCCCUGUAUCCACCCAUGCUGCACUACGAUCCAGAAAUCUUUGAGGAUCCUUAUGAGUACAAGUUUGACCGUUUCCUGGAUGAGAAGGGUCAGGAGAAAACCACCUUCUACCGCAACGGCCGGCGGCUGCGUUACUUUAACAUGCCCUUCGGCUCUGGCGUCACCAAAUGCCCUGGCAGAUUUUUUGCUAUGUACGAGAUCAAGCAGUUUCUGACUCUAGUGCUGUCCUACUUUGAAAUGGAACUAUUGGACCCUGCUAUCAAAGCCCCGCCUCUUGACCAAUCCCGCGUUGGUCUGGGAGUCCUCCAGCCUACUUAUGAUGUGGACUUCAAGUACAAACUGAAAUCGAACUACUGAGCACUUUGUCAAACACAGUGAUUGAAGUACAUAUUGUAAAUAGUGUAUAUGAGGUGUUAAUGAAGAUGUCUUGCAGUAUAUGUGAAUAGACUGAAUUAUUGAAUGUAUGAAUAUAUGAAUAUUUUUUUGUUGCUGUAAUUUGCUGCUGAUGAACAUGUAUUCUGCACUUACAAACUGUUCAAACCCUUCAGCGUAUCUGGUAGUGUUGUAACAUUUCCUGUCUCUGUUGGACCAGACAUCUGGCAUCUCAGAGUAAAAGAGCUGAGUAGCAUAUACAAUUCCUGUGGACAGACCUAGAGCCAUAAACAUUUAUAAAAUAAAUGUUUUUUUUUUUGCAUGUUUGGCCCAUUUACUCAAAAUCUUGAGAAUUACUACAAACUGUUUUUUUUCUUCAAAAUCAGGUGGCAGGUUUUUUGUACCUUGCAGACAGUCGUUGUUUUGAAUAGAUUCCAUUAUGCCACAUUACUGUAUCAUGGUUAUACAUAGUAAACUUCUUAAAUCAAUCUGCAAUUGCCAUAGGUUGAGACAAGACAAGAGAAUAUUUUAAAGAAUGAAAGUCUUAUAGAUAUAAGAUAAGUUAAGUGCGGAGUACAUUUGAAUGCUACAUUUCUCAAGCAGUUCAGCUGGCUGAAAACUGGCAACAGCCAAAGUCAUGAGGGAUAGGACAGUGUGCACAGAACUAGAAACUUAAUAGGAAAUACAAUUCUUAACUAAGGCUCAUGAACGCUCAUUUGCACAAGUCAGUGUGACAUUUCUGCUGCAUAUAUGACUGUACAGUUUGUUUAAUAAAGGUGUUUGUGAAUAACAGGUAUGUCCAGUUUUCAAACAGCUCUCGUGACUUUUACAUACUGUGAAAUACAUGACAAUUACACGUGAAAGUAAAUACAGCUGACAGAAGAUGGACAUCAACAUGUAUUUGCAAUUGUCCGGUUCAGCCAUACUCUCAUUUCAUUGAGAAGGUAAUUCAGUUAUUGAUAUUCCUGUUAUCACAUGAAAACCAAACUGCACAUCAAGAUUUAUAAGCAUUUAUCUGCCACAGUAUUAGUUUACAUGUUCUGUGAAUAGGGUAAAGUGAUGUGAUGAAGCCAGGUCAGAACACCAUUGUUAACAUGCACAGCUGUUUUACGUUCAUUCACUGACAAUCUGAAGGUUUUUCACCGAACAAAAGUGCAACCCACAUGCAUGUGUUGACGUGUGCACACUGUACAAACAGAUAAUAAAUCAAUACAUUUGUA